AUGCCGUCGUCUCUCCUUAGCCUGGCGACCAUCGCUUUGGUUGCAUCGCCGGCCGUUGCAACUAACUACAAUAUGCUCUACAAUUUCGACCAGAGCAACUUUUUCCAAAACUUCUCUUUCUUCUCCGAUGCCGACCCAACUGGCGGAUUCGUCCAGUACCUGGAUUACGAUGCCGCCAGCAAGGCUGGCCUCGCCAAGAUCAAGUCUGGAAAUGUCUACCUUGGAGCUGAUUCCACCAACACAUACACAACCGGUGGCCGACCUUCAACUCGUGUCACGUCCAACGUCCAAUUCGAUCAGGGUCUUCUCAUUGCAGACAUUGCCCAUAUGCCUGGAAAUGCCUGUGGUGUCUGGCCUGCCUUUUGGACAACGGGCGCCGACUGGCCAGCGGAUGGUGAAAUUGAUAUUAUCGAGGGUAUCAACAAACAAGCAAAUACUCAGCUAGCUCUGCACACACUGGGUUCUUGUGACAUCACUAAAAACCCUUCUGGACAAACUGGCCUGUUGACUACAACUGCUUGCUCAACUCAGGUCGGUCCAGGUGGCUGUACUGUUCAGGGAACCGACGGCAGCUAUGGAGACGGUUUCAAUAACCUGGGCGGUGGCGUUUACGCUGUUGAGUUGACGUCUUCCUUCCUCAAAGUCUGGUUCUUCCCUCGUUCAAAGAUCCCCGCAUGCAUCACCUCCGGCAACCCUGACACCUCUUUGUUUGGUAAGCCAAUGGCAGUCUACGAGGGCUCCUGCGACUUUGCAAGCAACUUCAAAAACCAGCAAAUUAUUUUCAACACUGAUUUUUGUGGUGACUGGGCCGGUAACAGCUAUUCCUGCCCAUUGAGCAAGGGUCUCUCCCCCAAGGCAUCUUGCGAAGCCUACGUUGGAGCUAACCCAUCUGCUUUUACUGAGGCUUACUGGGAAAUUGUCUCUGUUGGUCUCUACCAACAAGGUAGCGCUUCUACAUCAUCUGCGUCUCAGACAACAGCUGCUACUUCUACAGCUGCUACCUCCACAGCCGCGGCCUCCACUGCUCCCGCCACAACUCCCACUUCGGCUCCUACGACAGCUCCCACCUCAGCUCCCACCUCGGCUCCUACGACAGCUCCUACGACAGCUCCCGCGUCGACUCCAUCUGCCUCGCCUUCAAGCAGCCCUGUCCGCUCAUCACCCUCGGGAAGCCCUAGCAGCCAGCCAGUCGUUCCUAGCUCAGGUUCAGGCUCUAGCUCUUCGAGCACUGGCACCGUGACUUCCAUGGUCAAUGCUAGCAGCAGUGCUCGUGUCGCACCGAAAACCCGCAGCUGCACUUCCAAGAAGAGUACUGUGACAGUGACUUCCUUGACUAGCCCUGCUGUCCCGGUUCAAACAGCCAGCCCCACGUCAUCCAAGUUGACCACCACCACGGUCAUUGUUACAACAUACGUGGAUGUUUGCCCUACCGGUUACACCACCAAGACUAUCACACAAACCGUCACCUACUGCCCUGCUGAUGUGACCUCAAGCAGCAUUGCUCCUGUCUUUACGACCACCUCAAAGCUUUGCACGACUGGUUGUGCUCCCCGCCCAACAACCGUUAUCGUUGUGGUGCCAGUAGAAACAUCUACCACUCCCGCGCAAGCCACCGGUACUUCCCCUGGAUCUGGAAGCAGCCCUGCUUUAGGCUCAGAGACCGGAACUUCUCCCGCACUUGGUGGUGGCCCUGCCCCCGUGUCUACCAAGACUGGAAUUACUACAGCCGCUAGUCCAGUGCACACUGGUAUCUUUUCAACGGGUGGUCUUGUUCUGGCCGCUCCUUCCUCUGCUAUCGUCCCUGCUGGUGCUAAACCAUCAAGCUCAUUGCCUGGUGGUGGUACCGUUACCAAAACGGGUGUGAGCCCUGCUUUCACCGGCGCAGGUAACAGAAUAGCACCUUCUGCUGCUGGCUUCAUUGCCGCAGUCGCUGGCAUUGUAUUAUUCAUUUAA